CCCACGGCGAUUGCGCCAGCAAGCUGAAAGCAUCAUCGUAACCGAUUGCAGACUGCUAGUUGUAUUCGUUGUUUCGACCUUGUGCUAGUUUUUAUUUCUAAUAUGGCAGAAGAAGCUCGUGGAAUUUGUGUUCGUGAUGUUGCGGCAACGGACUUUAUCAAGUCUUACGCCGAGCACUUGAAGAACUCUGACAAGUUCGACUUGCCGGUCUGGUCGGACACCGUCAAGACGGCCGUCUUCAAAGAGUUGGCUCCGUACGGUGACGACUGGUAUUACAUCCGAGCAGCCUCCAUUGCACGAAAGGUGUACCUACGUCCUGGAGUUGGAAUCGGACAACUGCAAAAGUGGUACGGAGGAAGCUACCGUCGUGGAACACGAUCUGAACAUUUCCGAAAGGCUGCCUCGGGUAUCAUUCGUUCUGUUUUGAUCCAAUUGGAAGAGAUGAAAGUUGUCGAAAAAGUCGGAACUGGUGGACGCAGAGUUUCGGUGGUCGGCCAACAGGAUCUUGACCGAAUCGCCGGAACUGUUUUCCGUGCCGCGGAAGAGGACGACGAAGAGUAAACUUUUAAGUCCAGUAUAAGAAAACCACCAUACACUUU